AUGCCGUCUGGUCUGGCCCUUCAACGCCUACCCGACUGCGAGCAGGAUUCCCGCCCUCGCGCCCACGAUCGCGGCCUCAGCCAGGACCUGCCCCGGAAGCGACAUGUAGCACCAUUAUCGAAGCGUCAAAUUUCUGGCUUUGCGCCCACCACACUCGCUACCAUGGGCUCUCCUAGCUCUUCGACUCCUUCACAUCAACCUUCUUCCUCAAUCAUGUCACGGAUCUAUCCUCGACAAAGGGCAUGGCCCCCUCGACUUGGCACGAUAUCACGGCUUACCACCAACCUAAUAAUCGCAAUCCUCUUUGCUCUUCACAUAUCUUCCGCCGACGCCGUCAGGGUUUCCGUCAGCAACUGCCUCGACGACUCUUAUCGCUUCCAUGACCCAGCCUUGAUGCAGUGGGUUCCUUUGUACGCCGAGGCUUUCUUCGACCUCAAAAACGAUACCCACAAGCUCCAGCUCACUGUUUGGGGGAAUGUCACGGGAGCCCGAACCACAGGAGAACUCCCUCCAGCUGAUGAUCCCUACUGGAAAGACCCUAACAAGACGAAUGGCAAGAUUGUUCAGCUUCCGGAACAGGGUUUUGACACGGCUACCACCUUGAUCCGCAAGGUGGAAUUCCUCUCGUAUCGGCCAUUCUACGACAAUACGGAUUUCUGUGACAAGGGCUUGGUCAAUGGCUCUUGUCCGCUCCCUCCCGUUUUCGGGGAGGUCCAGUACAGCGAUGCCCGCGGCAAGCUCCCCUCGGUGAACCUUUCCCACGACAUGAGUGCUUCCUAUGCGUUUUCCUCUCUCGCCUCGACAUUGCUCAUUAUUGAUGGUGACCGAAAGGCCACUCACAUUGGAUGCGCCACUGUUACGCUAACUCCAGACCUGGGUGGUCUUUCUUGGCUUCUCAAGUUUUUGCCUCUAGUUAUUUUGCUCUUCACUGGAUUCGCAAUCUGCUUUGCGGCAAUCUUCAGCCCAUGGGGCUCAUCUGACGUCUUUCACUGGACCUCUAAUUAUGGCCGCGAUGCUGACUUGCUUCGACUGGUCACACCGGGUUUUGGCGAUUGUCUUCAGUACAUCCAGUUCGUUGCUCUGACCGGUGGCCUCACCCUCGAUUACCCCGGCUUCUACCAGCCCAUUGUCAGUCAGAUGGCGUGGUCGACCCUCAUGUUCAACCAGAGCUUCGUUGCAGAUGCACCGGCAUGGCAGAGUGUCGUUGACGGCAUUUACGUCACUAACGGGACCUACGGACUGCAGAGGCUUGGGCAAUUGGUCGGCAUGUCGGAGGGCAAAGACGCCUGGGCUGGCAUGAUGGUCUGGCUCUUUGUCUGCAUCGGAAGCGUAACGGUUCUGAUCCAGGCCGGCUUUCUCGUCCAGUGGCUAUAUCGAAAGAUCAACAACACCCCCGAAGAAGAUCUCCGGUCAAAGAAUGUCCCCUUUUCCGUCGGCAACGUCGUCCGAAUCGUCUUCAACUACUUCCUAUUCCCUAUUGUCGCCCUAUCGUGCUUCCAGCUUGUCAUUGCGAGCGGCUCUCCGGUCUACACCAUCGCUUUGGCUGUCGUCACCCUCGUUCUUCUCAUCAUAUUUGCAUCUUAUCUCUUUUGGCUUGUUAUCAAGACACGGCCAAAGUCUGUUCUGUACGACGACCUACCGACCGUCCUCCUAUAUGGCCCGCUCUAUAACACAUACUCCGACGAGGCCGCCGCGUUUGCUCUCAUCCCCGUCUUCAUGACUUUCCUGCGGGGCAUCGCUGUGGGUGCGGUACAGCCGAGCGGUAUUGCACAGGUGGUUAUUCUCGCCAUUUGCGAAGUCAUCCAUGUCCUCUCGAUCCACGCCUUCCGCCCGUUCCAGCGUGCGACCUCGAUGAACGCGUACCACACUUUCUUCUGCUCGCUUCGACUUUUCUCCAUCUUACUCAUGGUGGCAUUUGUGCCUACGCUGGGUGUGGCCGAGGGAGAGAAGGGAUGGAUUGGCUAUGUUAUCCUGGCCAUCCACGGUGUAGCCCUGAUCUUUGGCUUCUUCCUCAACGCUCUGCAAACCAUUAUCGAGGUUGUGGCUCGCAUGCUGGGCGCCGGUGGAGACGAUGUGCGAGGACUGACCCGUGGUGGACUCUCCAAGAUCUUUGGUAUGCGACAACUGUCCCGACGGGUCACACACCGUAAUACCGGUCCGUCCAGAGCAAGCCAAUUGUCGACAGCAGCCAUGUUGGACGCCGACGAUGGUGGCAAGUCGGGAUACGUGAUGCCGAGUGGAAGACUUCGAAGCGAAUCUGGUGCAAGCCUGGGUGGAAUGAUGGCUAUCCCUCGACAUCGGAGCAGCUCGGCACUCGAUAGUAUCGACGUCUACUCUGCUAUGCCGCAAAACGUUGACAGUGGCAGCUCGUACAUGCCAAACACGCCUGGAGAAACGAGCACAUUUUCCUUUUUGCCUUCGCCCGGCGUGGUCCGUCAUCAUCCCUCACAGUCAAUGGACGCAGCCGACCCCUAUUAUCGACCUCCUCGUCGUCGCCAGACCAUGAACGAGUCAAUCCACUCGGAUAAGGCGAACGAUUCCCUGACAGCAGAAACCAAACCACCUGCCCCAGGUACUCUGGGCGAUCCCGCAGAUAUUGGUGCGGAAAUCUCUCGGGGUGCAACUCCAGCUGUGCCUCCUGCUGCUGGAUAUUCUCAGCUUAGCUUCCCGCCGAACCGCCCAGAUUACGCGACCCGUGAGGUGGACUUUUACUACGGUGUCCGCGGACCGGCCCUGAACUCGGAUGGCCCGGGCCGGAAGCUCGGAACCGGACCCGCUGACCCAACGGGACCUGUGGCCACUGCCUCAGGAUGGUUCCGAGGCUUCUUUGGUGGCAAGACGAAGGAGAAGGGCAAGGGCUUCGAAGUUGUAAGAAGCUCACGAAUGCCGCCGGCGAUGAUGGCCCGGAACGGUGGUGAAUCACCGCCUGAGGGCAUCCCUGUGGCUAUGGGGGUGCUGCGGAACGGACCUAUUGACUCGGACGACGACGACGAACCCGAGCCAAGACGCUCCCCUGGACGCUCCCCUGGCAGACAUCAGGAGGGUGACCUGCUUGAUGACAACGGUGAUCCUCAAGAAUCAGAGCCAGAGAGCCCCGUUCUGGAGCGACCUCGACGUACUUUCAGCAACGAUGGUGACGGAUUCCCAAGGGAGCCGAGCAAGGUGCUGUCUAAGAAACCACAGCACAUUGCACUUCGUGAGGCUGCUGAACAGGACGCCCCUGAGAUUCCUCGAAAGAGCUCCAAGAGAGCAUCUGGCCACUUUGGAGGAAGUGACCACAGCCGGGCACCGUCUCUCAACAUCGACAUGCCUGGUUCGACACUGUCCUUUGAUUCUCAGUUGCGGGAUCUCGACGCAGUAAGCCGUACUUCGAGCCAUCACCGGGCAACUCUGUCUGCAUCAUCAAGACUACCGUUCGAGCGCACCAACUCCCAGAAGCGACUCUCGUCCAACUCGUCGAUAGAGUUCCCGGGCGAAUUCUCUCAGAUUGAUCUCCACGGAGGGCGUGAUGAACGACCAGCCAGCUUUGGAGUGGUAUCACAGCACGGUGUCAGCCGAGUUGACCCGUUACACCGCGAUGUUGAUCUCCUCGGUAGCUCGGCAGAGCUGGUCGAUGAAGCCCCACGAAGACCUCGGACCUGA